AUGCCCCAGCCGCCCACGGCCACCCUGAAGGGCAAGGCCUACAGCCCCACACCCCCUUCCUCCAGGCCGGCAUCUAAAUCACCCAAAGAAAGAGCAAGGGGCAGUGCGAGGAGCCCCUCGAGAGGGGGUGGCGGGGGGACCCUGGAGCAGGUGAGGGAGCUGGUAGAGAAGAGGGAGCUGGUCCAUAUGCUGAAGCAGUCUCAGGAGCUCCUGCUGGCCACGGCGGCCCAGCAACUCGGCAACCCCCGGCAGGGCUUCAUGAAGUGCUUGUUAGAGGCCGAGGAGGAGGAGGCGGCCUUGCAUCGGAGGGCCGCCAGGGCCCAGGGCCUGCCGAACCGGAAGUCCGCCAGGGCCCUCACCCCGGUGCCCAUCUCAGGCCCCAGCCUGUCUCCCUUCAUCUCUCAGCACCCCCCGGUGGCCACUAUGGCCAUGGCUUCGCCCUGGGUCCGGCUGCCAACCCCGGCGCCAGUCCCUUCCUCGAUGGGAGCCCCAGGGCUGGGCUCAGUGCUGGGGUUGCCGAUCCCCGCUCUGGAGGUGGGCUGGAAGAGGACUGAGCUCUUGCCCCAGAGUGACGAGAGGAACUACUUACGGUACGAGCAGGAGGAGCACACCCUGAUGCAGCUGUUCCAGAACUGGGAGGAGAGGCUGGAGGAGCAACUCACCAUUAAGCAGGAAGAGGCCUUUCGCAGCUACUUUGAGAUCUUCAAAGGCCAUGGUGAAGUGGACGCACAGAGCCUGGAGAAUAUCCUGCUUUACGUGGGCAUCCCCUUGAUGCCGACCCAGGUGGAGGCUGCCUUGAUAAGCGCUGAUGUGGACGGAGAUGGUCAUGUGACCUUCAAAGACUUCUUGACUGUGAUGACAGAUAACAGGCGCUUCUUCUCCUCUGUGGAAGAGAAUGCCCUGACGGACACAGCUCCCUUGAACCCCCACACUCUGUUCUUUGAGAUCCUGUCUCUGCUGGUAGAAAUGCUGGCCUUACCCGAGGCAACCUUGGAAGAGAUCACCAGCUAUUACCAGAAGAAGCUGAAGGAAGUUACCGCUAAGGCCCAAGAGAUGGAACUGGCCGUAGGCCGACUUCGGUCCCGGAAGCAGCUUUCCUUGGAACCACAGCAGGAAGAAACCCUUGUUGAAAUUCCAGACCGCAGGGUCCUCAAGGUCCUGAGCCGGCUGAAGCAGAACUAUGGCACCAAUCUGCAGAGCCCCUGUAUCCAGAUGCCCUGCAUUCCACUCUGCCCUCGGCUGGAAGCAAAGACAAUCAGUCGGAAACAGAGUAGCCAAUACGUGUUGGACCAAAGUGCCACUACCUGCCUUAGCACUGACAUCCGGAGUCUCCUCUUCCAGGCAGGCUCUCAAGGAAGCCGGGAAUACAGCUCUGAUGGGCAAAGGUGGCUCAGCUCUGUGCUGGCUCGGACCCACUGACCCUACCCUGAACACUAACGCAGAGCAGCCAUUCAAGGCCUGAAAACGAACGAAUGGGUCAUGGGGCAAUGAUGCCUGCUGGAUUUGCUCUUGUGGCCCAGUGAACCAAUAAACACCAAGAACCUCCGCCUCCGUGCCUGUGAUGCCAGGGAAGACUCCAUGAAGCCACUUGCCACUGGGCUCUUAAGAAUCAGGACCCCAGCUUCAUCCAGGAUUUGGGGGAGUCCCAUGCCCCGUGUCCCUCUCUGGAUGGGACAUCACCAAGGUAGGCACACGCUCUUCUAACUUGCUGGAAAAGCCGCAGUGAACAUCAGGGAACUUCUUGGGGGGAAACUAUGGCCUCUAGGAGGCCAGGCCCAAGGGAGGGCAAGCGAGCCCCAGGACCCAGCGGCACUCAAGGAAGGGGGCCCUUUGCCAACCUACGCACCAC